UGAAGUCAUGCAUCAAUGAAGAGGAUGAGAUUCCUCUUGUCUCCCCCCUUGCCGUUGAUAUAAAUUCAGCAUAUGCAAAUGAAAGAAAGGCAAAUCUCAGGAUUCAAUUCACAAUUUUAAUUACUAGAGCUUCUCCUGCUCAUCUUUCCAACAAAUAUGGCUUCAACCUUAUUCCAUGCUCGCUCUGACAGUUUGCCUUCAAGACCACAUCCUCUUAUGUCAGAGCUGGAUGAUCACUUCUGCAGAUUAAGAGCUUGUGAAGGUACUUCUACAUCCUCAACAUCAAUAUCCCAUAAGCUAAGCGGCCUUCAGGAUUUGCAUGACUGCGUCGACAAGCUGCUUCUUUUGCCUUUGACGCAGCAAACAUUGGCCCAGCAGCAGAAUCGGAAAUGGAUAGAUGAGUUGCUUGAUGGAUCUCUCAGACUUCUUGAUGUAUGCAACGCUGCUAAGGAUGCAUUGCUGCAAACUAAGGAAUACACCCUAGAACUUCAGUCGAGUAUUCGCAGAAGACAAGGAAGCUGCAACGGCGAUCUUUCAAAUGAGGUUAAGAAAUAUAUAACCUCCAGGAAGAUGGCAAAGAAAGCAAUCCAAAAGGCCAUUAACAAUUUGAAGGGUUUAGAGAACAAAAGCUCCCCUUCUUCUCCUGAAAGUGAGAUUGCCACCUUUGUCAGCGUAUUAAGAGAGGUUCAAGCAGUCACUCUUGGUGUGUUGAAAUCCUUCAUGUCCUUUAUCGCUGGAACAAAGUCACAUCCCAGGCCAAACAGCUGGUCAUUAGUUUCAAAGCUUAUGCUCCACAAAAGAAUAGCGUCCGAGGAAGAAGAAACAGCUGCAAACGAAUUUUCAAUGGCAGACGCUACAUUGGAGUCUCUCAUGGGAUGCGCCAAAUAUGAUAACAUGGAGAAUGUGCAAAAACAGCUAAAGAAUCUGGGAGAGUGCAUUCAAGAUCUAGAAGAAGGAACACACAGCCUCUUUAGGCGAAUGAUCAAAACUAGAGUUUCCCUUCUCAACAUUUUCAAUUAGAAAUCAUAGAGAUAAGAGCCAUAACUGUAAAUGGAUAUGUAUAAAUCUUGACAAA